GCUGCGCAUGCGUUAUUCCAUGCAUAGUGGCCGGCCAGAGCGGUGCUGUACUGCGCGUGCGGGACCAGGCCGGAGGGGGGAUACGCAGCAGUGCUCGCACGCAUGCGCCGCAGGAGCCCCGUGCCACGACGGGCCGCGGGCAAACGCUGGUAGUUCCGGCGUGGCCGGUCGCCUCGGAAACGGGCGUCUUCACAAGCUCACACGCGCUUCCGGCAGGGUGCACGCUGGGAACUGUAGUUCUGCGGCGGCGGCUGCGGCCUUGCGGUGCCCGAGCCUGCGGCUGCUUGAGCCCGGCCGCGGCGCAAGCGAGGUUUGGCAGCCUGGAGACUCUGCCGCGUGCCGCCGGCCCCUGCUCUUGGCAGCCAAAGGGAAACACGUGGCUCCGGGCCGGACACGAUUCACCGCACUUCCGCUCCUCCGCCCUGGAAGCGCGGCAGGGCCGGAUCGGAAGCUCGCGUUUUCAUUGGCCGCCCGGAGGUCUGCGGUGAUUGGGUGGAGUGGCCGCAUGGGCGGGGGUCAGCGCCGCACCGCCCUUCUUCGCUUUGAUUGGCCUCUGCCAGGGCAGGCGGGUGGAGGAGCCCGCCCUCCUUCUCCGCACUCUGAUUGGCUCACGGGGAAAGGGGUUCGCGCUCCUCUGUGCGCCGAUUGGUCCGACUCUGAUCCUCCUCGUGCCGGGAGCCCGCCCACAGCAAGCCUCUCGAGCUGGCGGGGCACGUGCCCCUCCUGGCGCCCCGCUGGCCGGCUGCGCGUGCACCCCCAUGCACCCUACCCCGCCCCUGCUUGGGAGGGAGAAGGAAGGCUAAGAAGGCUGUGUCAGGAGCUGGAAGCUGAUCUAGGAGCAGGGCUCAUCUUUGAGGACGACGUUGCCCGCGGUAUGCCGGCCAGGGCUGUCAUUAAGAACGAUGUUCCUGCUACGUUCUGCGUAUCAUCACCAAAUGUUGGUGCCCGAGGCCACCAUCUAGUUCACCUAAUGGUUAGACCGGUUCUGCGCAGCCGGGGGUCUGCAGCGGCAGGUGGGGCUUGGAGGCUUUGUCGCGCGGACAGGCGAGUGCUGGCCUUGCCGGUGGGAAGCGUGUGGUUUCCUGUAGUUGUAUUUAGACUUGGCAAGUGUGGGAAGAUCGCCCUGCUUUCAGAUAUGCUUGCGUAGCCCAGUAAGAGUCCUCGGUUAGCAGCAUUUGAGAAGGCAAAUUCGGGAAAGGUCUGCCAGGAAUAACAUUCGCUGUGCUUAAAAGCAUUUUUUAUGGAGCAGAUUGAAGAGCAAGGGAACGUGGGGGCUCUUGAGGACGUUCGUUGUGUUCUCUUGCCUGUUCGGCCUCCAGCAGAGCGAGAUAUCGGACGGCAGAUGCCCUGGAGUUGGGGGAAUAGAUGUGGAGACUGACCACCGCUCUGAAUCCAGGGGCAAUCCCACCGGCAUCAUGGGGCACGCUCCCAGGAGACAGGGCCCUCCUGGCACAUGUGCGGGCUUGGAGUGUGCCGGCAGGAGGGGCUGGGGGAUGCCGACUCGCCAGCAUCCCUGCCAGGACCUACUGCCUCCGCAGCGUGUACUUGCCCUUCCUCCUUUAGCCCUCGAAGGCUUUUUUUAAAUUGUUAAUACGUCGUCAAGCUUGAGACAAUUUAACUCACUUUCCACGUUAUUUGAUUAGCAGCACGCUAACGUCAUGACAGCUUUUGUGUCCUCUGCCUCGUCCUCUGCUGUGCGGUCUUCCCUGCUCGGCUCUGUUGUAGCGCCUGCCCCAGGAUCUGAGCCGUUCCUUCCCGGGCGCUCGUCGGCAGGUUUAGGCCACCAAAGAUCUUGUUGUCUGCCUCAGUUCCCUUUUCUGGGAAAUGGGAACGAUGCUCCGGGGGCCAAGACAGCAAAGACGGAGAAGUAUUCAAGCACCGUGGUAGUGGAGGCCACGCAGGUACCCAAGCGAGACAGAUACCAUUGCCUAUGUCUGAAGUGCAGACUGUCUCCUGAAUUCCCGUCCUGGCCUCUACAACUCUGCUGGUCGUGGUGUGUUAGAUGGGGAGAGCUCAUAUAUCCUGGCGCUGAGUCCAUCAACUAAGCACCCCUGUUCUUGAUGCAGCACCCCAGCACGGAGGGUGAAGGUGGCUGGGUGGUUUCAGUGUGCACACAGCUUCCCAUAUUUCUGGGGGCUUUUCCUGAUGGCCCAGAAGUUGUUAGCUACACUCCCGCCUGGGAGUUUUGGGGUUUCGGCACAAUGGUCAAAGGCACUGAGAUGAUUAGUGACCAGGCCCAGUCUAUGGCUUUUCCUUUGGUUGGGAUCCCCCUGGCAUCAGUGGGACACAGCCCCGUGGCCAGAGCUGCAGGAUCAGAGUCCUCUUGGAGAGAAUUGCUUUGUGUGUUGGCUUGCAAAAUGCAGUCAAUUCUCCAUCCCCCCCCCUCCCAAGUCCCAAUAUCCCCAUGUCAUGCUGGAGUGUUGCUAUGAACUAAUCCCAGCGCAUGCAGAGGAUUGUCCUUGUCCAAGUGCUCUGUUGAAUCUGAACUGUGAAAUCCCCCCAGAGAUGUCCCCAAGAAAAGAGCACCCGAUUAUUCCUGCCUUGGGCUGCAGUGGUCCUCGAUUAGGAGCAUCACGAGCUGGAUUAGUGGGAGAUGUUCUCCCUCUGCCCCAACCCCAAUCCCAGCAAUCACCAGGAAGUUGCAUCUUCCUGAGCAUCAGCUCUGCAGAAAAGGACCUGGGGGUGACAAGGGACAAGAAGCUGAACAGGAGCCAGCAGUGUGCCCUUGGUGCCAACAAGGCUAACAGCAUCCUGGGCUGCAUUAGUAGAAGCGGUGCCAGCAGAUCGAGGGCAGUGAUUCUUCCCCUCUACUCGGCACUAGUGAGGCUGCAUCUGGAGGAUGGAAAGAGGAUGGAGCCGGACCAUUCUCAGUGGUGGCAGAUGACAGAGCAAGGAGCAAUGGGCUCACGUUUCAGCAAGAGAAAUAGGGAAAACUUUAGGAGAGUAAUAAAACCCUGGAGCAGGUUGCCCAGAGAGGUGGUGCAGUCUCCAUCCUUGGAGGUUUUGAAGACCUGGCUAGACAAAGCCUUGGCUGGGAUGAUCUAGUUGGGGCUGGUCCUGCUUUGGCCUUGUUCACUGAGCACCAGACCAAUGCGUCUGUCAAGGAGCAGAUCAGUCAAGAAAUUGGAACGUAUGAACCGUGGUUGGAGGUCGUGCGAUGAAGGAAGCUGCAAUGGUUUGGACGCAUCACGAGAAGGCUGGAUGCUCUUGCCAACAGCAUAAUGCAGAGCGCAGUGGGGGGAAAGAGAAAAAGAGGUAGACCAAGAAUUGCUGGGGACCAAGAUUAAGGACUGGAUGGGGUUUCAACUGCCAGAGUGCAUGAAGCUAGCCAAACACAGAGGGUUGUUGCAGCAUCUGAGGUGCCCCAACAGCUGUAGUGGCCUCAGGAACGACUUGACUUGGUCCUGGUUGGAGCAGGGGGUCGGACUAGAUGUGACCUCCUGAGGUCCCUUCAACCCUCGUUUUCUACCAUUGUAAGUGCUGUGCUGUCACAGUCCAUGAACUAGCACCAUGCUCUUACUUUUCAGGCCCAGUGACUCCAGAUCCCAGCCCUGGGAUGUCACGGACAGCCACCAGCAGGAUGCUCCAGGGAAUCUCACUCAGUGAAGACGGUGAACGUGAAACUCAUGGUUGAGCUGUUCGGUGAUCAAUUAGUCCGUUUUGGGAAAUCGGUGUACGUCACAGGAGGUGACACAAAGCCCCAGCUCCAGCCCUGCCAAACUUCUUUGGAGAUAAGAAGCAAGAAAAGAGGCAAACCUGAGGGCAUCUCAUUUCAUAAUUGAUAGGAUGUGGAGUCAGGAGAGAAUUCAUCCCCAUGAAGUGGAGGAGGCCAACAGAUGUGAUGUAUUUGUUGACUUGAGCUUGGCCUCAGGAAAUCCUGGCAGCCUGCACGGUGCAUAUUUGGCAGUGAUCUUAGCCCUGGGAAUGGCGAGCUGUCCCUCCUGGAGACACGUCCCAGGGAUUUCCUUAGUCCUGAGCGAUGCUCAUGAGUGAAACCAAGGUCUUAUGCUGAACUUUCCCCGGCUCCUCUCUCCACAGGUGAAGUUACAUGGGUUGUUGGGUGUGGACUGCUGUUUCCAGUCACUUCUGAUGCUCAGCUCCUGCCUAGGGACCAUUGUAUAAUUCCUCAGUCUCACACAGAGAUGCUAAGGUUGUCAAUCGGGAGCUUAGCGCGACUAGUGCCUGUUGUUGGUUUAAUUGUCUUGCUUUUGAGUUCAGUCACUAAUGCCGUGCCCGUGUGUGUCAUUGGAGACAUCCCAGCAAACCUCAGCGGCCAAAGAAAUCAAGCGCAGGCACCGGAUCCAGCACGGAGGAGGUGUCUCGGCACAUCAGGCCAGGGGUCCCUGCAUUUCUGCUGAGGCAGGGACACCUCUGAGUCCUGGCCAGGAAAGAGCAAGGGAAGUUGAGAACUGGAGAGUCUGGCAUCUCCUUGAGUCACUGGAAAAGGUUUUAAGUCUUUUAUCAAAAAAUGGCGUUUCCAGUCCUCCAUUCCAGCACUCGCCAAUGUGAUUAGAAAGCACAAAUCUGCCUUUUGUCUCCUGGGCUGGAUCAUCUUUGCACGACUCCAGACAAGAAUCGUGCAUCUCUAUACAGCAGCCCGCAAUGGCCGGCGUUGCAUCCACCAGCGAGACCUGACAGCAGAGCGGUGUUGGGGGGACCGAGCUCUUCAACCAAGUACCAGGACGAGCUCGUGCGGCGGUUGGAAACGUGCAGCAGAGGGGUGAACAAGCCAGAAUGACCUGGACCAAAGGCAGGAGAGAGGAGGAGCAGGGUUUCAGUUCCAACUAAGCGACGGGACUAGCAGAGUGGGGCGCAGAGCACAGCCUCUCUAUAGCCCAAGCCUUAAUAACCCCCAAGGGUUUCUUCCAACUCUGAUAGCUGCCAUGGGGCAAUUCAAACAAGACCAUGCCCUGCCAGAGGGCAUAACAGAAGUACGGCCACCUUGGGCUAAGCUAUCAACUCUUGCAUUGCUAAGGGAAGAUGGAAAUUUAAGUUCACGGUACCCCAGAGAUACCAGAUUUGUGCCUCAAAAUCAAGAAAGCAUUCUAACGAGGACUCAAAAGAAAAGAGAAAGGAGAACAUUUGGCAUAGCAAACGACUAUAGGAAGAAACCUUCAAUAGAUCAUGGCCUCAGUUACCCAAGUGAGUACAAUGGUGGUUGUAUGAAGCAUGAUCCCUCAGAGGUAUAUAAAGGGUAAAAAGCUCCCAGUGGCACCGAGGAAGGUGGGCAGUGGUCUGUGAUGUGCAAGGAGGAAGGAAGAGAAUACUUUUAUAGAGUUUUGAAAUAUUGAUUUGAAAAGAGUGAACACACUCAUACCCAUCUAUCCAGCUGACCAUUUAUUCUCAAUAAAGGCUUGCCAUAAUGAUUCUUGGAAGUGAAGAGCCCAUGACUGAUUGAUGACAAUGAAAGCUUAUAUAUGGGAAAGAAAGUAAUUCAUUUUGGCACCGCGUAGAAGAGGAUGAUGUUUGUUGGGGCAACGACAGCAGCCUUUUAAUUCAGUGGGUGAAUCCUUACAGAAGGUGAUGCACAGGCGCACAUGUAUGUACAGAGAGAGAUGCAUAGAUGCAUGUGCUCGCAUUAGAGAUAUAGAUAAGGAAGGAGGCAUUUUUUCAGAAUGAUAAUGCCUGCGGUAUGGCACUGGUCAACCCAAUUUCUCAGGAAAAAAAUGGUAAUGUUACCUCCAGAAGAGAUGUUCAUGCAAAAAGGCAGGUUGUACAAUGACUAGAACCAACAGAUAUAAAGACUGACACCUUGCGAGAGAAACAUGGUCCCCCCACGGUAUCAUACUUGCCGAGUUCUCAAAAAAUAAAAUACAGAAAGAGAACGUCAGGGAAAGAAACGGUGGAAGGUAGUUUAAACAGAAAGCUCAGGCUCUGUAGCAAAUUAACUAACAAUCUUAUAGAGAGCUAAAUGCAGAUUCGCUUUGGGAUUCAGGGAAGGAAGCUUUACUUACAGCUGCUAAAGGUGCAUUAAGUGAAAAUCAAUCACAUAAGAAACACCAGGUGGGAAAUGGAGGCCUCAUGAAGCACUGAAGUAAAUAGAGAAGUCUUCAGUAAGAGACUAAAGUGGAUGUGGACCAAGUCAUUUAUGCAGAAAAGACGAGAGCUAGAAAAUGGCAGAUGUGAGAGACGUAUCACUGAAAGGCUCGUCCAGAAACCUGAACGCUAGAGAAGUUGAGAAAGAUAAUUGAUAAGCUGGCUUAAAUCCACAAUAAUUAAACAAAAACAUUGGAUAACGUUGUAACCAAUGCUAUUACUGACGAGAAAAGAAGAUUAACAUGUAAUCUGAAACAAAGCUUGUGUUUGAGAUUUGACUACGAAGAGACUGUCCCAGAGAACAUUUGCAGCCAUCGGCGCUGUAAAUGAAGUUGCAGUUCCAGCCGGCAGUGCAGAGGGAAGGAGAGUAGGGAAAAAAAGGUUCAUACACUCAACCUGUGGAAGCAUUAGGAGAUGAAGCGUUAGGAGAGCAAGCAGAAUAGUGGCAUUAGGAGCAUUUUUGAAGUAUUGAGAGAUGAAGGGGCUGAGGAAGAAGAAAAGGACACCUGACUACUAAAGGUAUGUCCAUCCUCCUCCACAUAAGUCAGAGCAAGCAUCUGUAAUAAAGACCUUUACGAAGUGAAAACUGGUUUUCACCAGGGCUCUGUACUCAACCUCCCUUUCACAUCGCAGGGACGGGUGUCACCAAAGAUCUGAAAUCAUCUGCCCCGUGGGUCAUGCGAGUUUUGCAAAGAGACUUCCCAACGUGAAGCAAAACUCUAGCAGAAUGAGAAAACUUCGUAGAAGGGCAAAGCAAACUGUGGUCCAUGGUGAUGACGAUGCUAGAAAGCGAUGUGAGGGGGAAACCUAGCUUUCUGCAUUUACUGAGAUGCACCCCGAGAUUCCCGAGGGCACAGCUCAAAGAAGAGAAAGCCGCGCAGGAGCUCCAGGGGCCCGACCCCGCCUGGAACUUCACAGGGUUUGCAGGACUCGGCCUCUCGAGCCUCCGGGGCAGCUGGUCGGGGCAGCUGAAGGGUGCAGGAAGCUCUCCUCCCAUCAAACAGACGUCUGCCACGAGCAAGUGGCGCAAUCUAUUACUGGCAUCGUAGCGACCACGAAUUUUAGGUAUUGGUGGUGCAACAAAAAGGCAUGGAGGUCCUUUUGCUUCACCUUUGUGACUCCCAGCAGCCCUGCUGGCUCCUUUCAGCUGUCGCUGCCGGCGUUACCUCUGCUGCUGGACCCGACCCUGGCCCUGCUGCCUGAGCAUCUCAGCUCGUUCAUCCCACAUCCGCUGCUGGGGGUGCUGGACAGAGCAGGCAUCUUCAUGGAGACUGGCUCGGGACCCCCACAGGCAGGGCAGGCUCAGCCGGGGGAUGAGAUGGGGUUGUGGGCAGGUGUAGAUGGGAUGAGAUGGGCUACGGGAGCAUAGGGAUUGGCAUCCAGGAGCGAGACAGGUGACUGGGGCUGAGCCUGGGGCCAGGGCCAGGAUUGUGGGGUAGCCCCAAUACAGUGGGACUGUGGAGCAGCGCGGCUCGGCCGUGCAGGGCACCCGUGAUGGAUCGUAACUGGAUUAGGCCACCCCGUGCUGCUGGGCUGCGCUGCAAGACAGACGUGCUGUACUCGGGCUGCCUGCACGUGUCUGUCCAGGUCACGGGUGCAGACUCUGUCCCCCUCCCAGGUUGGGCCAGGCACAGUCUGUCAUAUGGGGAGCAGCUCUGCUCUGGCCCCAGCCCUGUGCUGUCGUUGCCCCAUGAGCCUGGCCCCAACCCCUGCUGACCUUGGCCCCAUCCCAUCUGCCUGGCCAAGUGCGCCCUGCCCGAAGAGGUCCCAGAAUGGUGUAGACUAGGGAUGUGACAGGUGAAAAAGAUGAAUCGUUUAACCGAUAAACCCAGUGAUCACUGGUUGGCUUACCAGUUAUUGCUUAGCACAGGGGAGUGGUGCAGUCUGGCAGGGAAGGGGGAAGUCGUGCAGUGCCCCAGCAGGAGCCAGAGCGCAGCAGGACAGGCGGGAGGGAGGGCAAGGGGGACUAGUACCCAUAGCCUAUGCCUUCAAGAGGAAAACAGCAGGCACCCUAAUGGCUGAUCAAUUAAGCAAUUAGCUGCUCCUUUACAGCUGCUCCCUACCUCCCAGCAUGGGGCUUCGCCAGGGCUGUGCUGUCUGGCAGGGCUUGCCACCACCUCCUUCAAAAGGGCCCCAAGAGUCAGCUCCCAGCAGCACCUGUGUCCGAGCUGGUUAACUAUUUAACUAAUAUAAUUAGAGGAGAUUAAACAAAUUAUGUUUUAAACAGUCUUUACAUCUCUAGUUUACUAAUCUGCCGUGUAGGGAGUUUUGGGGAGCCGCUGCGGCUGGGGGGACAGGGGGUCUUCACCCAGCCCACAACAGCUCCCCAAAACUCCCUGCAUUAGGGUUACCAUAUUUCCAGUUUCAAAAAGGACAUCUGUGGGGGAGGGGAGCAGGGAAGGAGAGGGGGAAGGGGUAUCUGAUUGUGGAGGAAGCAGCGAUAUGUCUGACCCACUGUACCCCGUCCCCCAGACCAUGCUGAAACCCCGCACUCCCCACCCACAGCCCCCUGCCCCGCCAGCUCCGCUGCCCAUACAGCGCACUCGCACGUUCCCCCUCUCUCACCUGCCUGCCGCUGGGGGCUCUGCACACAGAGCACACCUUCAGAAACCCUGGGUGUAUGGUAAUCCUACCCGGCAUGGACCUCCAGCUCAAAUAAUUGCCCACCCCAGCCUUAGAGGAAGCCGAGGCAGUGCUUCCAGAGGCAGGGAGCACUGGACCUGCAGAUGCUGGGAGCGGCAUUUCUAGUCCCUGCCUCCCAGGCUGUCUGUACUUGGCAGCAAGCUUCUGUUCCCCCCCACCCCUGAGGCACUCCCUGUUGGCUUGGUUUCAAUGCAGUCUGUCUUGCUGGUAAAGCGUCUUGUGGAUCUUCAGGUCUCAGCUCCUCUGGCUCUUCCCCGCACCCUCACCUCUUGCUGGGCUUUGCCCUGCCUGCACACCCACACCCCACUGUAGCCUGUCCCUUGCUUACAGCCAUGGUCUCUCUCUGCUGUGGGCACCUACCCUGCUUCUCAUGCACUUGGCUUGGCCCCUCUCUCCAGAUCUUCCUGGGGGUGGCCUCAGCAGCUCCAGGUCUACAGGCCCUUCUUCAGGUGACUGCUCCUCAGUUGUGCUCAGGGUCCUUGCACUCAAAGAGCAUCCACCGGCUGCAGGCCUCACUGGCACAUUGAUCAUCGAUACUGCUCGUGCAAAGACUUUGCUAAAGCAUUGGCCAGGGUAGGCCUGGCCAGCGAAUCCGACUGAUGCCUGAACUCCUAGCACAAGCAAAACUUCGCAUGUGGCCAGAUGCUCGAGGGGGAGAUGGCUGUACAAGGUGGAGAAUAGUUCAGUACCCGGAUAAGGCUGGAAUGGGAACCCCUAGGUCCAGAUGUGGAGCAAGCCCAUGGUACAGGAUGGCUCAAGAUAUUGGGGGAAUGUAACAUGUAGUGUAUUUUGAACACUGUAUAAAACCAGGAUUAGAAAUAAAGGGAACUUUGUGUUGACCCAGAGGACCUGCAUGGUGCCAAUGCCUUGUCACGGGCAUAAGCACGUCGACACCUUAUCUGACUGUGUUAAGGCCACGUCUUCUAGACAUUAAACCUGGACAUACCUUUGCCACCAAACUGAGCCUGUGGUCGUUCUUUAAGACAAGA